AUGGGAGCACAAGUCAGCAAAAUUGAAGAUACUAUUCAUGAUACUUAUAGAAAGACAUGGCCACAAGCUUGGUAUUUAGCUCCGUCAUUUCUUGCAUCACUCGGUGCUUUAGGUUAUGUUGGAUAUGCCUUAUUACAGAAUAAACCUGUUUCAUCAUCUCCUAAUGUUUCAUUUUUACAUCUUAUUGGUGUUGCUGGUGGAUUUGGUAUUAGUUUUUGGAUGACAACUGUUCAUGGUCGUGCUGUUCAACGUAUGUUAACACGUCAAGAAUUUGCAACAGUACAAUCACAUCUAUCCGAUGUUUAUUUUUCGUCAUCAGCUGUUUUAGCUAGUAUAAG